AUGCCUUUCAAGGACCAACUCAUUUUACAGGGAACGGACAGAUUGGAAGUCCUUAGAGUUGAAAUUGAAGAUGAAAAACUUGAACUCACAUACAGAAAACUUGAGAAAUUCUCAGGAUUAAGAAAUCUUGAAGUACUGGGUGGAGGUCUGAUUGGGGAUUUCAUGGGAGUUUUUCCAAGUAUACGUUGGCUUCGACUGAAUAAGCGCAGAGCGAUCCCGAUUGGUUUAGAUAUGAAGAAAUUAGUGAAUUUCAAUGUGAUCGGUUGCCCAAUCAGAGAUGACUGGAGAGGCUGGCAAACUAUGAAGUUGACUGAGAUCGAAGGUCUCGAGGGGCUGGCGACAUUACAAUCGCUAGAUAUCUCACGCUGCGAGAAUUUGACCCAGGUGUUUGGGCUCGAGAAGUUGGAGUCAUUGAGAUCGCUGAAGAUGACUGAAUGUGUCGAUCAAGAAAUUGCCUGA